AUGUAUUUUCUCCACCAUUAUCCAUUCGGUUACUGGUGUGCGUAGAACCGAAGAUAUGACCAAAUUGUGGUUUUUGAUUGUGUCUGUGUUCGCUGUGGCAAUAGCCGUGGAACAGCGAGACUCAGGAUGUGGCAGCAGUCAUUACCAAUUAGGAUUUUCUGGUUCAUUCACAUCAAUGAACUUCGACCCUCAAAACGACGUUAGAUAUGACAACAAUGCAAAAUGUAACUGGACCUUGGAAACAUCCACCACACAACAACAGGUUAUUGAAUUGGAUUUCGACUACUUCCACGUAGAGGGCUCUGUUAAUUGUAUGUAUGACUCAGUGAUUGCAUACGACGGACUUGAUACCACAGCACCCGUUCUCAGGACUAUGUGCGGCCACAAUCUCCCAAAUCCAACCGUCGGCACAGGACAUAUCAUGUACGUCCUGUUCACUACAGAUUCCAGCGUCGCCUAUACUGGAUUCAGUGCUACCUGGAGAACAAGAAAUCAACCAGUCGAAUGUGAAGUUGGAGUAGGCUACCGAUGUGGUGAUGAUGAGAAUGGAUAUUGUAUCCCAUUUGAAAACCGAUGCAAUCAAGUCGAUGACUGCCCCAAUGGACAGGACGAGCUGAGUUGCCCAAUAAAUUCUGCAACUUGUGGGCAACCUGCCAUUGACCCUGUGUUGAAUCCGGUUAGUGCGCAGGUAACUGGAGGUACCGAGGCAGAGCCGUAUAGUUGGCCGUGGCAGGUAGCCAUUCAGCGGAUGUUCACUCAUCAAUGUGGUGGGAUUCUUCUAGACCCUUUUUGGAUUUUGACAGCUGCUCAUUGCGUUCAAUCUGAUGCACUGAAUCCCCAGUUGUUUGAUAUUAUCGUUGGGAACCAUAUCUACUCGCAAGUUGAUCCCUAUGAAGAAGUCCAUGCUGUGGAUGAGAUAUUUGUACACCCAACCUUUGAUAUGUUUAAAGAUGAAUACAACUUUGCUAUGGUAAAAAUGAGAGUCCCGAUAAAUAUAACAGCAAAUCCCGCUGCUCACGAUAUUUGCCUGGCCCCUAAAGGAGCAAAUUACCCAAAUGGAACCAAAGCUUGGGUCACAGGCUGGGGCGAAGAUGCUGUCGGUGCCAUGCGUAUUGAAAUUGAUGAUAUUGGGACUACAGUACUACAGCAGACGGAGGUCACUAUUUAUGAUGACGAUUUCUGCAAUCAGCCAAGUAUGCACGACGGUGCUAUUACAGAGACUUUAAUGUGCGCUGGCUCCGUAGAUGGAACGAUAGACGCAUGUCAAGGGGACAAUGGUGGCCCAAUGGUAUGGUACAACGCACCAAACGAUAAAUGGGUUCUCGUUGGUGUCGUGGGUCCUCGGCGGGAACAGUGUGGCACAUCGGGUAUGCCCGGUCUCUAUGGCAAUGUGGAUAGCGUGCUCACUUGGGUUCAAAGUAUUAUGAUGGGUGGUUAAGAAAUUGAAACAGAUUACCUAUGUUAGUAAUUAAACAACAGAUUCAAAUAAAGAAAUAUAUGAAUUUAAA